AUGUCGUUCGAUACCCUUCCUCUCUCAUACAAAAACGAGAUAAACACCCUUAACCGGGAGGUUCUCAAACACCAGCCGUCAGAUAUCUUGCAGUUCUGCGCCAACUUCUUCCUGCGGCGGCUGGAGUCUCAGCGCGCUGAGUUCCUACUCGCUCAAGAGCAGUUUGGCCUUGGCCGGAGUCCUGGCCUCACCGGCCGCAGCGGUGAUAACAUGGCCGAAAGCACAUUUCCCGGGACCAAUCCCUGGGGAAAGAGCGGCAGCAACCUGUCAACCCCGCGCUUUCAGAUGAUCACAGAGGAGGACGAAUUCGACAUCACGUCACCGACAGACGCUACCUUUCAAGAGCUAAAGGACGCUCCGCCGUCAGGAGAGCUCUUUUCGGGAUAUCGCGCCGACUCCAACGAAGACCCCAUUGCAAGCAGCCAGUCUGAAGAGGAGAAUGAAGGAGGUGACUCGAGUGCUCCGCCCACAGGAUUCCGCCCUGCUGGGACGCCGAAUCAAGGAUUCCCCAACAACUACGCCCUGGGACGACGUACAUCAGUGUCAGCGGAGUCUCUGAAUCCUACGUCGUCUGGCGCGGAGGGCUGGAUGCCUCCAUACCACCCGAAGACUGAGCAGCAGCUUGGCCGAUUGAAGACAGCCGUGAGUGGGAACUUCCUGUUUUCUCACUUGGACGAUGAACAAUUCAAGACUGUGCUGAAUGCGCUGGUCGAGAAACCGAUUCCGGCCAAGGAUAUCAAGGUUAUCGCCCAAGGUGAUGCGGGAGACUACUUCUACGUUGUCGAGGAAGGAUAUUUUGACGUGUACAUUCAUCCUGCCGGUUCCGUGCAGCCCGGCCCCGAUGGCUUGGGCAACAAGGUCGCUUCAAUUGGGCCUGGCGGUUCGUUUGGAGAGCUGGCUCUCAUGUACAAUGCGCCUCGCGCAGCGACAGUGGUCUCGGCAGACUCCAAGUGCACCUUGUGGGCUCUUGAUCGCAUUACUUUCCGUCGGAUCCUCAUGGACUCUGCCUUCCAGCGACGUCGUAUGUACGAAGCCUUUUUGGAGGAAGUUCCGCUGUUGUCGUCCCUCAAACCGUACGAGAGGGCCAAGAUUGCGGAUGCACUCGACACGAUUAAAUAUCCUGCUGGCUCCACUAUCAUCUCUGAAGGUGAUCCUGGUGAUGCUUUUUAUCUGCUGGAAUCUGGCGAGGCCGAGGCAUUCAAGCGUGGCGUCGAAGGCCCCGUCAAAUCUUACCAGCGGGGUGACUUUUUCGGAGAACUGGCACUGCUAGACGAGAAACCUCGUGCGGCUAGUGUUAUUUCCAAGACCGAGGUUAAAGUAGCCCGUCUGGGGCGGGAUGGAUUCAAGAGACUCAUGGGACCGGUUGAAGAUAUCAUGAGACGGACGGAGUAUCCUAUCGAUCCGUCCAAGAGGACUUCAAUUUAA